AUGCUGAAAGUUGAAUGCGGCCUGCUGCAGGACUUGCAGACCUGGCCGGUGCCGGAGAAGCUGCUUCCGCCCGAGCUGGCUCACGAAGCCGAGGCUUGGGCCCCGCUCUACGGCAACCUCUACCCACAGAGCCCGACGUCGUGGAGGCGCUCGGUCCAAGAUGGCUUCGCCACGCCCGAGGAGUGCAGGGAUGCCUGCGGCUUCUGCAUCCGUGCGAUGUACUGCAUGUUUCGACGUGGCGGUCAAACCUCCCUGGCGGUGGGGCCCUCCCUGGAGCGCCGCGCGGGUGCCCAGGGAGCAGAGCUGCUCUGCGGGCUGGUGGAGAGGACGCGUCUUCAGAUUGCUGAAGAUGUCGGCCUCGUGGACCAGGGUGAGCCCCGGCUCUACGAGUCUGGUGCACUUCUAACGCGGCUGCAAGCCGAGUGGGACAACGACAUGUGGGAUGUGAGCACCGGGGAGGAGCAUGUGUACUGGAACGCACACGUGGACAAGGCCAACGUGGCGUCCUACGACUACGCGGCCUUGCUUUAUCUGAACACACAGGGAGAGCACUUCGAAGGUGGCGACUUCGCCUUUGUGGACGCAGGUCCGGAAGGUGACCUCCGGAACACGCUUCGCGCGGCCCUUGGCCCAUGUCGUAUUUGGAUAGUCUUGCUGAGUCUUCCCACUGUCUUUCUUUUGCUGGGUGGGGGAAGCAAGACGAUGAAGCAUUCCAGGUCCUGGCGAUGUGGUUCACUCUCUCUGCGGCACAUCAGACACGAGGGGGGUGACUUCUUGAAGGUCAUCUUUUUCAAGCUCGACGUGGAUGAGCUCAUCUCACAGCUUUCCGAACUGCAGCACGCGACGGACGCGGAGGGCCGACCCAGGAUUCGCAAGGCUGGCUUCCUGCUGGAUGGGCACAAGGGGACGGGCAAGAGCCAAGUCUUGAACUUGUUGGCCAUGUGGGCGCGCAAGAAUGGCUGGCUGGUCGUCCUUGAGCCAACUCCCGGCCGAUACGCCCGGGAGAUCGCGGAGAUAAAGCGCUCGAACAAUGGGGUCUACAUCCAGUCCGAGUUCGCUCAGCAGUUUCUGGAAGCCUUGUCUCUCGCAAAUAGACACAUGCUAGAGGAGAUUCCGGUGGACACAUCCGCCUACGGUUCCAGAGCGAUCGAUGGAGAGUCACAACAGGUGACCCGUCGGUUGUACGAGCCGCUGAUCGAGAAGACAGUUCAGAGAGAGGCGGACGCGCAAGGCCUCUCCGGACCCGAGCGCUUGCAACGCAUCGCCGAGUACCGGCGGCAAGUUCGCAUCCCAUCGAUGGCUGAUGUGCUGAAGCCGCAGAAUGUAUGGGAGAUCGUGGACUUCGGCUUGGACAACGAGCAAUACGCCGCACAGGCAGUUGCUGAAACCUUCGUGCAGCUGCAGCGCCAAACCACGCAUCCAGUUGCAGUCAUGGUGGACGACUGGAACGAGUGCUUCCCUUGUUCCGAGUACGUGUCAAUCCGAUACGACAACACACGGUUCAACGGAUACAUUCCCGCAUACCACCUCUCGAUGCCCAGAGCCUUCCACCGCUGGGACGGCCACAAGUUUCGGCGCGGGGUGAAGAUCUGUGCUACCUCAUGGAUGCGCCAAAAGCGUCGACAGUACCGUCCAGAGCUGCUGGGGGUACGGGACUUCGAGAUCAGGACUGUGCGAAACUUCACACAGCAGGAGUUCGCGAACUAUGUUAUGUAUCUGCGCAUCAUGGGGGUCUUGCACUGCUUCCCGGCGAAGGACCUGGAGUACUUCUACAUGAUGACCCAGGGCAAUGGCUGGCAGGCCAGAAAAGUUCUCUCCACGCUGUACUGA